UUGGUGGUUAAAGUUUGUUUUAAUUCGUUGCAUGUCGAGAAAAAGCUUGAAGAACUCAACAUUCUUUAUAUUCUGUGAUUUGAAAUCAGUGUUAGUGAACUGGGUUUCUUACUCGAUUUUUUUUGUUUCAGUUUGUCAUUUUUUUUAACUAAAAGGUGAAUGAUAUUUUCUGUUUCAAUAAGUUAUUUCAGCUUGUUCUUCUCUCUUAGCAGCAUUUCUCAUUAGCAAAAUGUAUCGUUUUGUAGUAAAUCUUGCUUCCAAAGCCAGAGUGGCAAGAACCAACACCCAACAAAUUGGUGGAAGGUUAAAUUGGAGUAGAAGUUAUGCUGCAAAGGAUAUUAGAUUUGGUGUUGAAGCUCGAGCUGCAAUGCUUCAAGGUAUUGAAGAACUUGCUGAUGCUGUUAAAGUCACUAUGGGUCCAAAGGUGGUGUGGAGUAUUAUUUUCUCCCUUGGAAUAUGGAAACUGAAGCUUCUUUUGGUAUUUGUAAUUUCUUAAGGCAAUUCAGCAGUUCCACUGUUGCUAGAAAAGUUGAUUUUACAGACCUUACAUAAGAAUUGUAUCUCAUUUCUUGUUUACUGCAUGAAAGUAUAUAGGAACCUUUUUGUUUGUACAUAUUAAAAGAUAAAAAAAGUAUAUCAUCUACUGUUGUACUAUGAUUUUUCUACUGUAAUCGAUUUCAAAUUGCAGUCAUCCGCAUAAAUGG